GAACAUCCAACCAAAAAUUAAUAGUCUUCUCCCACUCUCGCUGUUGCUUCUCCCAUUCGCUCGCUCGUCCUCUCGAAACCCUCACCGGCUCUCGGUGACGACGGAAGCGCCCGAUCGGCCCCUCCCCCUCGCGGUGGCGUGUCCCGGUGGUGCUCCUCGGGUCUUCGCCGCACGUGUCGCGUUUUACCUCUUCCGCCGUCUCGCGAUCGACUCUUUGAUCCCAUGGAGGUAUCUUCGCCUACGGGAUCGAGCUCGUCAGGCAUUAAGCGUCAACGCUUCCAGGUUAAUCUCGAGGGGUCAAGUCAAAUUCAUAGAGAUGUUGAUCCAAGUUCCACUGAGAUCAUAUGUGAAAGCACCCUGGGUUGUGAAGCCAGGGAAACAGUCAUAUAUGAUGAGGAUGGGAAGCAAAAACAAGUUGUAUCACCCAACAAUAUUUUAGGUUCCAUUGCAUAUUAUGGCUUGCAAAAUGAUGCUUCUGCAAGUACUUCCAAAAGUUCAGAAGUAUACUUGCAAGAUUUCAACUAUUAUAACGAUGACGAGGAGAAUAAUUGCAACAAAGACGAGAAUGUCUAUGAUGAAGAAGAGGACUACAACUAUGAUGAAGAUGAAGGAUAUGAAUUUUACCUUGAAGAAGAUGACAAAAUUGAUUACGGGUUCAAAUUGGCUGCUCAAUUUGAUGAUUUGGACCUACCACCUGGGGUAGAGGCUACUGUACCAUGGUUGGAUAACUCGGCACCUAAAAGUUCAAGUAAUUCUAAGCAAGAGACUGAUAUAAAAUUCAAUUCAUUUAAGCAAUUUAACAUUGUUCAAGAUUUCUCAGAUCAUCAUUUUGCUAAAACAUAUUCAUCAGUAAUGCAGGCAAAAGAUUGGAUGAAGAAAAUUCAGAAAGAGUGGAAAUUGCUAGAAAAGAAUCUACCAGAUACUAUACUUGUACGAGUAUAUGAGGACAGAAUGGAUCUACUUAGAGCUGUUAUAGUAGGACCGGCUGGAACUCCAUACCAUGAUGGCCUAUUCUUCUUUGAUGCUCAGUUUCCUCCGAAAUUUCCACAGGAACCUCCGGUACUUCAUUACCACUCUCAUGGACUUUGCCUUAAUCCAAACUUGUAUAAAGAUGGAAAGGUCUGCCUUAGCCUUCUCAACACUUGGUAUGGGAAAGGUUGUGAAAGGUGGAAUCCAUCAGAAUCAACUAUGCUGCAGGUCUUGGUCUCCAUUCAAGCUCUUAUUCUAAAUGAAAAGCCCUACUUCAAUGAGCCUGGAUUUGAGUUGACAGCAAACACGGCUGAGGGCCAUGUGAAAUCCUUGGCCUACAAUGAGGAAAUUUUCCUGCUAUCUUGCAGGACAAUGCUGUACUCGUUACGAGGACCUCCAAAACAUUUUGCAGAAUUUGUUGCUGGACAUUUCUGCAACAAAGGGCACACCAUUCUUGCGGCAUGUAGAGCUUACAUGUCAGGUGCUCCGGUUGGGUCCGUCAUCUGGGAGCAGGCGCAGGAUGUUGACAGAAGUGACGAGAGACUGUCAAUUAGUUUCAGAUCCUCGCUAAAGCAGCUCUUUGAGGAACUUUUGAUGGAGUUCUCUGUUAAAGGAGCUGAUUGUGAUGAAUUUCUUAAUCAGAAAGUUAAAGCCGGAGCAGCCGCUGCUUUGUCAUUGCAAUGAGGCUCGAGCUAAACUCCAUUUUCGUUAGCUUGAUGAGACAAUUUUUUCCUAGAAAGUUUAGUUUCUUUAGACAUAAGCUUGGUGACUUGUAAGCCUUGGCAUCUUUGGAUUUAGGGUCUGUAGAUAAUUCUGGGCUGAGAAAGCCUUCUUGGAGGAUGGAUGCUAGAGGGACUGGACCAAUUGCAAAGGUGUACAUUCUCUAGGGGCUUUCCCAUGGAACCCACCUUGUUCACAUCUUUUGAAGCUUCUUUCCAAAUAAAUUUACACACGGAUUACACAGAGUUUCUCCGACAGUGAAAUUUUAGUUGAAGUACAUUUAUCUUCCUGUCGAAUGUAUAUACGUAUGGUUAACUAUUUGUCUCGGAAUUGAUCCUUGCAAGUCAUGAAUAGUGUUAUCCAUGAAGUUGCUUCUCACUUUGCAGUCAUAUACAAUGAGAUCCCUCACACUGUCAGUGCCUGUUUCUUGCACCGGAAAACCCUAUUGAGAACUACGAUCGUUUGCAUUCCUAAUAUUUUCUGUUUUGUUACUUGAAUAAUACUUGUACAUUUCGAGUGCUGUUCGUCAACUAAAUACAUCAUGAUCGAAUGUAGUUGUUGAGUUCUCUUCAAACUUUCUCUUUAUGAAAAAUCUAAUUGCAGAGCAUUCUAAUUUAAGGUGCAAUUGAAGAUUACUGGUGCGGAAAAUUAGCCUGCAGCUGAGAAUUUGUGCUGGUUUCCUCACCAACAGUAAUUUUGUUGUACCGCACUGGUGACGUGCGACGAGUCCGCGUUAUGGGUUUAGUCAGACGCCCCAGCAUCUAUAAAGCCGGCUCGUAAACCCUAACGAGAAGCUUUCACCCAAAAACCCUAGCAGCCUCCAUUCCACCCCUCGUCUCGCGGAGAGGUAGAGAAAGCAUGCAGCGAGCGGCGGCGAUCGCCUCCACCGCCCUGCGGAGGCUCGCGGCAUCGGCGUCCGCCCGGCCGCCGAUCCUCGCCCGGGCCGCCUCCUCGGCCUUCUCCCGGCGCCUUGGUUCGUCCCUCGACUUCUACCGCCCGAUCGUGCGCCUCCUGCCGCCCGUUGACGCGCCCUCCCGCGGCUACGCCCGACGCCGGGAGGUCAUCCCGAGCGAGGAGGAGGAGGAGAAGGAGGAUGAGGAGGAGGAGGAGGACGAGGAUUUCGACGACGAGGAGGAUCUCGAUGGCUAUUUCGAUGGCGAUGUCGAUGUCGAUGUCGAUGGGGGCUGGACCGAGUUCUACAACCGCGAAUUGACGGACGAGUCCGAUUGACUCCCGGUGCGUGCACUACCUUAGUCCGAACUCUCGUGUCCGUAGCGUGUUUGCUUAAAUGACGGUUUGCGAUUGAUGGGCAAAAAAGGACUCUUCAUGUAAGUCGAUUAUGGGUCGAGAAUUGAUAUGGCUGUUUGCUUGAACUGAGGAAUAAUAAUAUCGCUUCUUUA